AGCAGAAAUUUUUAACAUUUUGUUUUUGUCAGAGCAAGGGAAGGCUUGCGAAGUUAUAUUUAUUUAUGUAAAUUAGUUAUGAGUUUUUGGGAAUUUUUACUGAUUGAGUUAAUACCAGUGUAAAUAUGUCAGCAAAAGAUUCAGAAUCGCCUACGAAGGGCCAAAAAAUGAAAUCUUUUAACAUAACACCUGUUGGAAAGAAAGGUGCGAAACCUGAACCUCCUGAAAAAGCUGCCAGAAAGGAUCCAAAGUCGAAGAGCUUUGAGGAGGAAAAAGCUGCUGCAGAAGUAUAUGAGGAAUUUUUGGCUUCUUUUGAUGAACCUACUAAGCAUGGGAAAUUGUUUGUCAGAGGAACUGUCAUUAAUGCUGGAUCUGGAGAAGAGAAACCAACUGUACAAACUGGAAAGCUCUAUAAGCCUCCUAAACUUGUGGAAGUUGUAAAGAAGCAACCUGAAGAAAGACAACAAGAAACACCCAAAGAAAAAGCAGAAAGGAUUGAAAGACAGAACAAAAAACGUGAAAAGGAAAAAAAGAAAAGUAAUCUUGAACUAUUCAAAGAAGAAUUAAGGAUGAUUCAGGAAGAAAGGGAGGAAAGGCAUCGUUUAAAAAAUGUUGUGAAGGAACAGGUAAAAGUUGGCCGACCUGUUGAACCUGUUGAAAAUCAGAUAAGAUUAGGUGAUGAUUAUAGGUAUCCGUCUUAUGGAUCCUACGAUACUGGUGAUCCAAGCACUACGAAUCUUUAUCUUGGAAAUUUGAACCCAAAGAUGACUGAACAGCAGCUCUGUGAAGUGUUCGGCAGGUUCGGACCACUUGCCAGCGUUAAGAUAAUGUGGCCUCGAUCCGAUGAGGAACGUGCCAGAGGCCGAAAUUGUGGUUUUGUUGCUUUUAUGAAUAGGAAAGAUGGCGAAAGAGCAAUGAAAAAUUUAAAUGGCAAAGAUGUAAUGAGUUUUGAAAUGAAACUAGGUUGGGGAAAAGCAGUACCCAUUCCUCCUCAUCCUAUCUACAUCCCUCCUGCCAUGAUGGAAUUAACACUCCCCCCUCCCCCAUCUGGUCUCCCGUUUAAUGCCCAACUGGAUAAGAAGGACAGGCACAAGCUUUGGCCUGGGGAGCCUGAGACAAGAGAGUCCUUCGAGAAGCUUUUAUCGAAUGCAGUUGUCAAAGUGGUUAUCCCUACCGAAAGGAGUUUAUUGUGCCUCAUACAUCGUAUGAUAGAGUUCGUUGUUCGUGAAGGACCUAUGUUUGAGGCCAUGAUUAUGAAUCGGGAAAUAAAUAACCCCAUGUUCAGGUUCCUGUUUGACAAUCAAAGUCCUGCCCAUGUGUAUUAUAGAUGGAGGCUGUAUUCCAUCCUUAAGGGAGAUCAUCCUAGUAAAUGGCACACAGAGGAGUUCUUUAUGUUUAAACAUGGCUCAAUAUGGAAACCUCCUCCUCUUAACCCUUUUCUUCAAGGAAUGCCAGAAGAACUUGUUGAAGUGCCACAGAGGCCCAUGGAGCCGAAAAAAGGUGCUCUCUCUGACAGUCAACGGGAUAAAUUCGAAGAUCUCCUUCGCAACAUUACUCCGGAUAAGUAUAAAAUAGCAGAAGUAAUGAUUUACUGCAUUGAUCACGCUGAAGCAGCAGAAGAGGUUAUAGAUUGCAUUGGAGAGGCCAUUGCCAUUCCAGAGGCUCCGUUAUACAAAAAAAUUGCAAGACUGUAUCUCAUUUCUGAUAUCUUACAUAACUGCAGUGUGAAGGUGGCUAAUGCUUCUUUUUAUCGAAAAGGGUUUCAAGCUAAACUUCCUGAUAUAUUUAAAGACCUCCAUGACAUUUUUCAAGGCAUAGAAGGCAGACUAAGGGCUGAACAGUUCAAGCAAAGAGUUGUCAGCUGCUUUAGAGCUUGGGAAGAUUGGGCCAUUUAUCCCAGCGAAUUUCUUAUCAGAUUACAGAAUUUGUUCUUAGGCCUAGUCCCAUUAUCUCGGGACUUAAAUGAUGAUAGCAAUUCUUCGCAAGCAACUCAAGUCCCCAAUCAAGAAUCCGAAACUCAAGCUGCAGAUGACAUUGAUGGCGUACCUUUAUCAGCGGAUGAUAUAGAUGGCAUUCCUCUUGAUGGUGCUUUAGUUGAAGAUCGAGAAGACAUUGAUGGAAUACCAUUAAAUGACGACUUGGAUGGGCAGCCAUUGGAAGAUGCAAUGCCAAGCAUGGAAAGUAAAGACAUGUCAUCUAAAUUUAAGCCAUCCAAAUGGGAGACAGUGGAUCCUGAAACAGUUGAAGCACAAGCAAUAACUACAUCUAAAUGGGAUCUCUUAGAACAAAACGAAGAACAAGAACAAAUGGAAGAUGACAUUGAUGGGCAACCCAUGGAUGACACUACAUCAACUCAAGAUGAAAGCUAUUAUCAGGAUGAUGAAAACAGCCGAGAUUCUGCAACAAUAAUGGAACAACUUAAGACAGACUUAAAUGAAGAAAGACGUGCAAAACUAAGAGAAAUUGAAGUUAAAGUAAUGAAAUACCAAGAUGAACUGGAAUCCGGGAAACGAUCUCGGAAAGCAAACAUGAAAUUCUCUGAACAGGUGGAACACUACAGACAAAAGUUACUCAAAAAGGUUGAACGAGACAGAAGUUUGGAUGGCAUGGAGAAGGAGCGUCACAAACGUCACAAAUCCCACUCGUCUUCCCCUGCUCCAAGGGCACGUUCUGCUUCAUCGGAUGAAGGAGAUGGUAGCCCUGGUUCAAGCCUGUAUGCCUCAAUCAGGAAAGUCAGUCCACGUAGUAUCGCCCUAUCAGUAGCAGACGCAUUGCAUUCCCCUCAUAAGUCAUACAGAUCACAUUCUCCCAAGAAGAGCAGAAGGUCAAGAAGUCGCAGCCCCAAACGAUCACGUCGUUCCAGAUCAAAGUCUCCCUACAAGAGGAGGAUGUCUCCCGAGUCGCCCCCCAUAAGGAAGCACAAGUCUAAGAAAAGCAGGCACUGAUUGCUCCAGUGCAGUCUCUUGUUUUUAUAAUCUUCCGUGCAUAUUGCACACCUACGGCUCUUGAGACAGUCACUCAUGUACAAAGCCAUGAACUGUGAGCUUCUGUUGUUUUGAUGAAU